AUGUCUUCGUCUAAGGCCACGUACAGCCAUUUGCUAAAGAGGGGCGAGAACCCGGGCGGCGGCGGCGGCGGAAGCAGAAACAUGAGCACGGACAGGGAUUACUCUGUUAAUCUGUCGGUGCAGCAAGUGCUGAGCCUCUGGGUGCAAGGCACGACGCUGCAGCACUUCACAGAGAUGUGGUACUGGGUGUUCCUGUGGUGUCUCUUUUCCUCGCUCUUUGUCCACGGGGCGGUUGGGCUGCUCAUGCUAGUGAUGCUGCAGCGCCACAGGAGGGGCCGUCUCAUCACCCUGGUGCUGGUCAGCGUGGGAUUCCUGGCCUCCCUCUCCGGAGCAGUGGUCACAAGCGCAGCUGUGGCAGGGGUGUACCGUGUGGCGGGGAAGGACAUGGCCCCCCUGCAGGCUCUGGUGUUUGGCGUGGGCCAGACCACCCUCGCCGUCAUCAUAUCCUUCUCACGCGUCCUGGCCACUCUGUGA